CUCAAGUAUUCUGGUGAUGCUCGUUUCUGGUCCACUUAUCCCCCUUCACAUAAAGAGUAUCGCCCAAUUCCGAACGCUCCACCACCUAAUUCCCUGUAUCAUAUCCAUGGAGGUAUGGUCGCGAAGCUUGAGCUUAUGGAAGCUCUGGUCAUGUUCGUUUACUCCUCAUGGUGCAAAGAAUAUGGCCGCGGGGGCAUCUACACAGAUUCAUGGUUAACGAUGGAGGGAUUCAUCAAAUGGUGCAAGGCUAAGUGGAAACCAGAGGAGGGCAGCAGCGAUGGCGAGAAAGCAUUUUACGGAUUAAUACAUAUGUUCCAUGCGUUUAUACAUGCUCGAAUCGUGACUCAGAGCCAGCGUAAGCUGCGCUCCGAUCUCGAGCGAGUAACUGAAGCAACCUGUCAGGCUGUCAAUGCCGCUAUUUCUGAUGCACCAAGCCAUAGUUCUUCUUCACUAGGAGCCAAAUCACAAUCCACUCCUCCUAUGCUUCCAUCGCCUGCCAGUAUAGGAGCUGCCAAUAGCGCAAAUUCUACUCCGACUAACCGUGAUGGUACACCCAUCUCUUCUGAAAUCCGAUCUGCUUCGAUUUCAUCAUCCUCUGCCAUUAGCGCACCUUCACAGUCAUCCUCAUCACCCUCAGGCCCCUCAAUUCCCCUGCCGUUUCUUCCUCCGCAAUAUCGAACUGGGAUACCACCAUCCCAUAUCACCGCAGCUGCAAACACCGUUUCUGCUUCGUUUAAUCUCAAUCAGCUUGCAACUGUCAACGAAGUUUCCUAUUCACUAUCGGUGUCCAUUGCAGAGAUGCAAACCGCUCAAGUUCAUCUCAACUUCUCCAUAAUAGCACGGCACUUUCCACGAACGUUCGCUCGUAUGGUACACUCUACUCUCAAAUCCACGGAGGAACACGAGGUUGAUUUUGAGGAUGAUGACGGCGAGCUGUUCUGGCCUGGCCAGAGUAUUACAGGCGAUGGUCUCGGCUGGCUUUGUUAUAUGGGCGAGGCAAUGGUCCAAGAGUUUGGCAAGCAGUUUGACUACAAAGGGUUGAAGGGUGUGGUGCCAAAGCCG